AUGCCGCGAACAAACGUAUGUUCAGAAAUAACAAUAGCUAAUAUUCGAUUGUCAAUACGUCAGGUAGUUGCUGAAUUUUGCGCUAGCCCAGAACGAACUAUUGAACGCAUCGUAAAUGGUCAGCUUGAAAAUAUGGUUGAACCAAUUCAGCGGCUUGUCGCAGCUCAUCUCGAACGUAUAUAUGAACAACUACAGGCAAAUAAUGAAGAUUCUGAUUUUUGA